GGGGCCGGUCAUGGCGACCGGGGAGCUCCGCGGGCACGCGGUGCGGACGUCCAGCCAGGGGUCCCAGCCUGGCGCGGCUCCCGACAGCGUGGCAGGGGCCCCGGGGCUGCUGCCCUCUGCACAGAGCGGCGGCGCGGCCCUCCGGCUCGGGGAACGGCCGCCCCCCGCCAUGGAGAAGCGGGGACCCUACUUGGUGACGCGCGCACCUUCCAUUCAGGCUAAGCUGAAGAAGCACCGGGACCAUGCCAAGGCCGUUCUGCGGAGAAAGGGCAUGCUGGGUGCCUUGACGAACCGCCCCGAUUCUUCAGGGAAAAGGUCAGUGAAGUUUAACAAGGGCUAUACUGCUCUUAGCCAGAGUCCAGAUGAAAACCUGGUGUCCCUUGACUCUGACAGUGAUGGGGAGCUGGAAUCCAGAUACUCCUCCGGGUAUUCCUCUGCAGAGCAGGUGAACCAGGAUGUGAGCCGGCAGCUGCUGCAGGAUGGAUACCACCUGGAUGAGAUUCCAGAUGAUGAGGACCUGGACCUCAUUCCUCCUAAGCCUAUCGCUUCUUCCACAUGUUCUUGCUGCUGGUGCUGUCUUGGGGAUUCUUCCUGUACCCUCCAGUAGCCAUAACCCUCCAGGAUGGGCCGAUGGCCCUGAUGGCCCUUCACAGCUCAGUGCACUGGGUACCGCUACCAGCCUAGAAACACUGGAGGCACUGACCUCUGGGUGCAGGCCAGUGGUCUACAGGUAGCCCUCACCUGGUGCUUCUCACGUCAGAGGGCCCCGUCUGGGUCAGAGGUGAUGGGUGGAAGUCUGCAGGUUCCACUGGGGUAGUUUCAGGAAGCCACUUUAAUAACGGCGGGAGGAGAGGCUUUCUGUGGUUCUUAAGCUGCUGACAAGGAUUGCUAAGAAAACCAUACAGACAUUCUGACGUGUUUGUCAAGGUGUUCUGAGGAGGGAGAAGGAAGAACUCCUCUACUCAGGCUGUGCUGGGAGGCAUGGUGGGAGACAGAGAACAGCACUUGAUGACUUGCAGGAGGAAUCUGGAAAAGUACAACUCGGACCAAGUCAAGAAAGCACCAAGUGGGUUGUUCCUUAGGUUACAUCUUGUCUGGUUAUGACAAGGAAUCUAGUUUAAUGAUGGCGUAGGAGCAUGGCUUUCAGAACCUCUGGACUGGGGACAUUCUGCUGGUCCUACUGUCUGGAUGGGCUUAGUAACUCAGCCCUUCUCUCAUUAGAAGAGAACUGCUCUGUCAUAUAUGUUUAUUUAUCUGUAGUUCUUUGGCCUUGGAGAGUUUUUUGAGGUAAAAAGUGGAUUGGCUGCUGGGGCUAUCACCAGAAACCUGCAGUUUUUGUGAUUGCCAGCAGAGGGAGCUGCUGGGAAGUCAGUGCCUUCCUAAGUUUAGCCAUUUAAGCUUUUGAGAAGUAUUGAUGGGUGUCUUGGUAUAGCUGUGUGACUCUGGCCUACAUGGAAACGUUUAGACAGGAUGAGGAGGAGAGACCCAAUCCAGCUCCUGGACCCCACUUGAGCUGAUGAAUCUGCAGUGCAAGGGGCCUUCCCUCUAACAAGGCACAUUCCUGUCCCCCAGCACAGAGUUCACAAGCUGGAGAUGUAGUGCUUGUGGAACACUUGCCUAGCAUGUGCAAGGCUGGGACGUGGGACGUGGGGGGUGGGUGAGCGCAGCUCAGUCCCAAGCCUGAACACACAAAUGCAGGAAGAAUCUCUCCUGCUAUACUAAGCCUCUUCCUGGAAUUUAGUUUUCCCAGACCCCCUUCCUCAGGGUUCUCGUCUUUAUCUUACCCAGGUGUGUGGUGAGGCUUGGGGUAAAUACAGUUUCCAGCAUAAGGGGUACAACAGUCAGAGUUAGGGGUUGGGCACCACAGGUGACUGACUGUCCUGCCCAGUGACUACUAGAGGCUUAGGGGGAAUAUUAUGCCCACUAUGUCCAUUUACAAAUAGUAGCAAAAAAGGUAAGAUCAAAAGAUAAGGCCUACUUUGUUACUUGACUACAAACCUGUCCUUAUGAUUGCUGCCAGUGCCUAGCAGGGGGUGUUGUUGUUCUCAGGCCGUGGAAGGUUGAACGCAGUAUACUGUGUCUAGGGGCUUUUUACUCUACUGUCAGGAGGGAAGAUGGGACAGAGACCAGAGGCUUCUGCUUGGUUCUUGGGUUGGGUCAUAGAUGCUGUGUUCUGCAGUGGGAGUCUGUAACUCUGUGCAAGGCUCUUAUAUUCUGAGCAUUUGUGUAUGGCCUGCAGGGAAGGAACACAAACCAUAUCCAGGCCUUCUAGAACUCUGCAGAGGUGGAGGCCUCGUGUGCAAAGGGAAUAGCUAUGGUACAGAGUAGAGGAAGACUUGGUGGUAGGCUUCAGUGAGGCCAGCAGUGGUUGUGGAACUUACGUGUGGAGCUUUACGUCUAUUUGGUUAAAAGAGAGCAGCCUGGGCAUUUGGCAGCUCCUGGGAGCGGGCAGUACCCCCCAAAGCCACACCUUCUGGGGUGGUUGUUGCUGAAAUUAACAUUGAGGUACUUGACUGGAACUGUCCCUGGAAGGAAAGUUCUUGAGCUGGGUGGCCUUGUGUGGGAAGGCAUUACUUGUGGAGAAAGCUCAAUAAUGUCCAGCUAGGAGGGGUGGAAUGGACCGCUGUUAGGGGCUGGACGAAAAUAACACCGAUAAAGGCACAAUGGUGCCCAGAUCCUAACUGCCUUAAUUCUGAGGGCUGGGUGUUCUGCAGGAGGCAGUCCCUGGGAAGGAGGCAUCUGGGCCUCCUCAGGAGUGCCUCUCCUGUGUGUGCACUGCUCCUCCAACCUCUUUCUCGGCUUGCACUUUCACAGUCUGUUAUAAUAAAUGCAAUCCUGGUAGUGAGCUGUA